AUGCUUGCAGCAAAGGCGUCACCGACCCGCUGCAGCUUCUCCGGCCUCAUCCGCGCCCCUCCGCUCCCACACUUCACCACCUGCUUUCGCGCAGCAAUGGCCUCCUCCAGGCAGUACCAGAUCCCGCACACGCCGCGCGUCAUCUCGCCGUCGCCAACUCCUUCAGAGGCUGGCAGUGGAAAAGAUGGCUAUUUCCCACCUGUAACGCGUGCGUCGGCGCGCAAGAACAAGAUCCAGUCGCCCCCGCCCAUCGAAGAGGACUCGUCAAGCUCAGAUCCGGAGAAGCGCGCGCGAAGUAGAAGUCGCGAUCGAGGCACAGGCCGAAGGAAGAUCAGUGGCUUGACGUCGAGAAGGCAGCAGAAUGGAGGUCCCAAGAAAGAUCUCGCACUGCCAAAUGGCGCAAGCAACGGGCACCUGUCUCCGGCAGCCGCCAACAAGAUCUAUUGGCGAGAGCUGAGCCGCAGUCCGAGUCCGUUGGGUCUAAUUCCCAUCCAUCAAGAAUGGCGCUCUUUCAUCCACCGUCAUGAGAUCCCCCGCAAGAUCCUUCAUGUAUCCAUCGGAUUCGUCACGAUCUUCCUCUACUGUACCGGCCGCCAAAUGUCUCAGAUCCAUCCGGUUCUGCUGGCCCUGUUCAUACCCAUCGCUCUGACCGACAUUAUUCGACACCGCUACUGGCAGGUCAACCGCUUCUACAUCCGGUGUCUCGGCGCACUGAUGCGCGAAUCUGAAGUAGACGGCUUCAACGGCGUUAUCUCAUAUCUCCUCGGCGCGUGGAUUGUCCUGCGCUUUUGUCCUAAGGAUGUCGGCGUCGUUAGCAUUCUGCUACUCAGCUGGUGUGAUACUGCAGCAUCGACGUUCGGCCGCCUCUGGGGACACUUGACUCCCAAGGUCAGGAAGGGUAAAAGUCUCGCUGGCACAAUUGCGGCGUGCGUGACAGGCAUUAUCACAGCUGUCCUGUGGUGGGGCUGGUUAGGACCACUCUACUCCGAUCUCAACCAAGGCGAUAACGCAUUUGCUUUCCAAGACGCCCUCACACUUCCAACUCAAGUCCAGGAGUUGCUCGGACUAUCGGCGGCUCAAAGCUCCAUCACCGGAUACACGGCUCUUGCUGUCAUGUCUUUGGUGACUGGCAUCGUCGCAAGUGGCAGUGAAGCCCUGGAUCUCUUUGGUUGGGACGACAACCUUACAAUUCCUGUUCUUUGUGGAGCCGCUCUGUGGGGUUUUCUCCGCACGUUUGCAUGA